CCUCUGCUUCACCAGGCUUCACUUUGUUUCCACACUCCAGCUAGGGAAUUCUCUGGCUUCCCUCCUCCCCUGGCUCCUGCGAUCUGCAGACUCAAGAGGUAGCUCCUAAACCAGGCUCAGCAUGUCCACUGUCAAGGAGCAGCUAAUUCAGAACCUAACUCAAGAAGUUAAAACCUCCCAGUGUAAGAUCACCGUGGUUGGAGUUGGAAAUGUUGGCAUGGCGUGUGCUAUUAGCAUCUUAUUGAAGAAUCUGGCUGAUGAACUCGCUCUUAUUGAUGCUGAUGCAGACAAACUGAAGGGAGAGACCCUGGAUCUUCUGCAUGGCAGCCUUUUCUUCAACACUCCAAAAAUCAUCUCUGGGAAAGAUUACAGUGUCUCUGCCAACUCCAAAUUAGUUAUCAUCACAGCUGGCGCCAGGCAGAAGGUGGGAGAGUCGCGCCUUGACCUGGUCCAGCGCAAUGUUGUGAUCAUGAAAUCCAUCGUUCCCGGCAUAGUCCAAAACAGCCCCGACUGUAAAAUACUGAUUGUCUCAAACCCAGUGGAUAUUUUGACUUACGUGGUAUGGAAGAUAAGUGGCCUCCCUGCGACUCGUGUAAUUGGGAGUGGCUGUAACCUAGACUCUGCCCGUUUCCGUUACCUGAUUGGAGAGAAGUUGGGUGUCCACCCUGUAAGUUGCCAUGGCUACGUUCUUGGUGAGCACGGCGACUCCAGCGUGCCCUUGUGGAGUGGUGUGAACGUUGCUGGCGUACCUCUGAAGUCACUGAACCCAGCAUUAGGAACUGACUCAGACCAGGAACAGUGGAAAAAGAUCCACAAUCAGGUGGUGGAAAGCGGCUAUGAGGUCCUUCGGCUGAAGGGCUAUACCUCCUGGGCUAUCGGGCUCUCUGUGACAGAUCUGACAGGAUCAAUACUGAAGAAUCUUAGGAAGGUGCAUCCAGUUUCCACACUGGUUAAGGGCUUGUACGGGAUCAAGGAGGAAAUCUUUCUCAGUGUUCCUUGUAUCUUGGGAAGAAAUGGCAUCACAGACAUUGUGAAAGUGAACCUGAACCCCGAGGAGGAGUCCCUGCUCAGGAAGAGUGCAGAAACGCUCUGGAAUGUCCAGAAGGACCUGGAGUUAUAG